UCUACAGGACGUUGGCCAGGCACGGGUGUACGCCGGCUGCUCUGCCGACCAGGCACACAGCUACUCGCGCCACCUGGAGUAUUCCCUGGAGAGCUUGGUGCCGCAGGGAGGACGCCGGGCCUGCAGCCCCCGAGGAUGUAUGUGUGUGUGUGUGGGGGGGCGGUGUGCAGUGCCUAGCGAGGCGAUGUUCAGAAGCUGAGUGAAACUUAAAUGCCCACCUGGAUACCUACCUGUGCCGCGGCGUCCGGCGAGCAGGAGUGUGGCGUGAACCAGGCGGGCUUUCGGGAGCAGCGGAAGCCGUAAGGCAAAUUACACCCGGAUCAACUUACUGACGAGGCGUGUUGUGUGUGUACGUGUGUGCGUGUGUGUGAGAGUAAGGUGCAGCGGACCUGUCGCUCCCUGAGACGGGCGCCGACGGAGACGGAAUGUGUUGAUAUCGAUUCUGCAAGAUACUGAAGAACCUGGUGGAGGUUUGGGUGGCGUGUGCAAGUCAGGCUCGCCCUCGUCCGCGUGGGCGGUGUUGCCCGGUGACCCGCUCCCCCAGGGUGGGUGUAGCCCCGACGCCUCGGGCACCCCACGUCGGGGACUGACAGUCAGCGGAAACUGUGGCCAAAGAGGAACCUCUACAAAAAGAGACUCGUUUAGCAUCUCCCAGCCUGCCACAGCCACGCUGUGUGGGGAUAUUAUCGCCUUCAGGCCAACUCCAGGCAGUAGCCGAGUAUCGGUCACUGCAGGACACUUGCCAUCCUGAGCGAGUAACAUGUCUCUCUGACUGGCCAGCGAUGGCCAGUGACGGCCUCGUGUGGCCACCGAGUGAGUGCUGCUUGCAUAACGAGAGCAGCGCGGACCAGUGGUGGUGGUGGUGAUUCACGUGGAAUACCCAGUGAGGGCUUGGGACAGGCCAACCCCUGGGACGUGGCCGCACCGCGAGCCUGCCCCUGCUGAGGACAGGCUCGUCCAGGUGGCCACGUGUAGGUUACGGUGUGUGCCGGGAGUACAAACAUGCUACUGAGAGUGUGACGGAAUCCUGUACUCCAGCACCUGUGCACCACCAGCAGGCCAGGACACACCUGUGUGGAGAGUCACUUUGGGCGCCUCCAUCCCCACCUACACUCUGGAGCCCCGCUGACACCGCCUCUCCAGCCCCUUAUCGCGCCUGACGCCCUCGCAAGAUGCCAAGUGUGGACGCCACCGGCACUAUGGAGAACGCCAUCAAUAAAUACCUGACGCCGGAGGAGCAACAGCUGCUUCUGGACAUAAGACGGAAGAAGGCGCAGCUGUUACAGGAAAUACAGACGCUCAAAGAUGAGAUGGCGGAGGUCACCGCGGAGAUGGAGGCGCUGGACACGGGGGAAGACAGUAAGAACAACCCGAAGAGUAAACAGAUGAGCAUCGGGAGGAAAAAGUUCAACAUGGAUCCUAAGAAGGGGAUCGAGUACCUCAUUGACCACAGCCUCCUGAGGAACACUCCAGAUGACAUUGCUCAGUUCCUGUACAAGGGAGAAGGACUCAACAAGACAGCUAUCGGGGACUACCUCGGGGAGCGUAACGACUUCAACCAGUCAGUCCUCGAUGCAUUUGUCUGCCUCCACGACUUCACUGACCUGAUACUGGUGCAGGCUCUGAGACAGUUCCUGUGGAGCUUUCGCUUGCCAGGAGAGGCACAGAAGAUUGACAGGAUGAUGGAGCGCUUUGCCCACCGCUACUGUGAACUUAAUCCAUCGAUCUUCCAGCACCCAGACACCUGCUUCGUGCUGUCAUUUGCCAUCAUUAUGCUGAACACCUCGCUCCACAACCCGGCAGUUAAGGACAAGCAGACCAUCGAGCAGUUUAUCACCAUGAACCGGGGUAUUGAUAACGGAGAUGACCUGCCCAGAGAGCUCCUUGAGAGCCUCUACGAGAGCAUCAAGACAGAGCCCUUCAAGAUCCCAGAGGACGAUGGCAAUGAUCUCAUGCACACCUUCUUCAACCCAGACCGUGAGGGUUGGCUCAUGAAACAGGGCGGCCGCUACAAGUCCUGGAAGAGGAGGUGGUUCAUUCUCAACGAUAAUUGCCUCUAUUACUUUGAGUAUACGACAGACAAAGAACCCAGAGGAAUCAUUCCCCUGGAGAAUAUCGAGGUUCGUGAGGUCCAGGAUCGCAACAAGCCAAACUGCUUUGAGUUGUAUGCUACGUCGACUGACUUCAUCAAGGCAUGCAAGACUGACAGCGAGGGCAAGGUGGUGGAGGGCAAGCACACCGUGUAUCGCAUGUCUGCCGCCACGCCUGACGAGAAGGAGGAGUGGAUUAAGUGUAUAAGACAAAGCAUAAGUCACAAUCCUUUCUAUGACAUGUUGGCAAAGAGAAAGAAGAACAUCCAGAAGAACAGCAAUCGAUAAUUGAGGGUGAAGGGACACACUGCAUGUAUGGAUUGCUCAAGUGUCCACACACAGAACUGUGCUCAUCAGGUGGCCUGAGGAGGCCACAUAAUUGUCAGCAGUACACCAGUGACCUUGAACAUGUGACAUGUAACCUGUGAAUUCAGAUCCACAAAGAGAUCUGCACUUUACUGUUGACAGAAACUCUGUUACUAAUUGAUAAAGAAAAACAGAUGUGUGUGUGGAAUACUUAAUAGUGUAAAGAAAUAGCAAAAAAAGACAUAUUCCAUGUUAGUGUGUCCUUUAGAUGCACCCCAGACAAUGAGUGUUCACACUUGUACAAGCCUUGUGCUGAGGGGCUUGGCACUCAAUGAAUAUAAUUAUUCUAUGUAUAUAUUCAUGUGAAUAAGGAGAAAGUGGAGAACUUUUGGCAUAUGAUAUUUAGACAUUUUAAUAUUUAAGAAUAUUUAUGCCACCAACUUACAAACUCCUGUUUAUCUGUGUAUAUACUUGUAUGUAUUUGGCUUGUUAAAGCAUAUGUGUAUAAGAUCCUAUUUCAGUAAUUGUAUAAAUUGCUGUGGAUAGCUGCGACUUAUGCAUUGUUAAGAGUGAGUGGAAAAUGUUUACUGUCACGGUGAACCAAACUGUUUAUCUAAGACUUACCAGUAUUGUAUUGUAAUGCAAGAAUGCAUGAGUGGGUAUUUUAUGCUGACACCAACAAGGCAUGUUCAAGUUCAAAGAGAUAUUUGUAAACAGUUUUGUUUCUUUACAUCUUCUUGUGGUACACCAACAAACAGGUUGACAAUUCCUUGCUGUUGAAUAUCAGAACACUAGCACUGGACUAGCUUUGUCGUGUAGUGUGCAUCAGUCACAUCUACAGCACUCGUACAGGUUUUUAGCUUGCAAAAUUUAGAACUUUAAGUAAUUCACUCCCAAGAAUGUGUAUCCCUGUGAUCAGUAUUUUCAGAUAACAUGAAAUAUUACCAAAACAUCAUAUAGACAACUGAAUAACUAAAUACUCAAUCUACUUACACAGUAACCAAGAUUCUAAUAUCAUUACUUUCUGACGAUUAUUAAUUUAUUACAUGAAAUAAAAGAAAAAAAAUAUGGAGAAAUUAUUAGUGCAAAACUAUUAGUAGUGCAAUUAAUUUUGUAAUUCCCUAAACACUGCUAUGCUUUCUGCCAGGAAAUAGUAAGAUGAUAAAAAGGGAAGCUUGCCCCAUCAGAACCAUUGGUGUGACGGGCUAGUGCAGGAGGAGAGGUCCUCUUCACAGAUGCUCCAGUAUUUCCAAAACUCAAUAGUUUCAACUCAAAUAGAGAUAAGCUGUGGAAAAUGCUUCGAUCUCCUAUUUUUAUAUUUAUUUUGUACCUUAUAGUUUGUACCUUCUACAUGUGCAUUUUCCAUGUUUGUUCAGCAGCACUCCAGGAACAUUUCCCUGUAUGGAAGGUUGACACUUGAUGAGUGUGGUGUUUUAGCCGCUGCAGAGGGUCGGGUGUGCCGCCCGCCACUGCCGCAGGGUGCCUCGGUGCCUCCCAUUGCUGGGCUGUCAGUCGUCUGGCUGAACAGUUUCAUAAUGAGAAAAAAUAACAAAUUUGAACUAUUUAUUUGUAUAUUUUGAAAAGUGUUGUUUACUUCAAAAUCUUGAUCUGCAUGUGAGUUAUUUAAUCAUGGAGUAUAUACAUAUAGAUAUAUAUAGUAUAUAUUUUUGUUCAGUAUAGGAAAUAACAUUAAUACAGGUACCAAAGAAAUACUUAAUUUUUAUCUUUUUUUAUUGUUUUCUGUCCAUGAAGUUACUGCCUUCUUUUUCUGAGCUCACUCAAGAUGUUAUUUAUUAAUAUACUUGUAGGUGUGUAAUUUUCAAGCUGUACAAUACUUUGUGAUUUCCUCAAAAGUUUGUGCCCUUUAUUUUUGUGUCUAAAUUUGCUUGUACAGGAGUGUAAGGGUAUAUCCAGCUGUAUAUAUUCUGUUAGUCUUUAUAUUAUUGUAAUUAAUAAAGUGCUGAUACAUUA